CCAACUGAUACAACCACAACUACCAAAAUAACAACGACAGCUAAACCUACAACUACAGAAAAACCAACUGUUACAACCACAACUACCAAAAUAACAACGACAGCUACACCUAUAACUACAGAAAAACCAACUGAUACAACCACAACUACCAAAGUAACAACAACAGAAAAACCAACUGAUACAUCCACAACUACCAAAAUAACAACGACAGCUAAGCCUACAACUACAGAAAAACCAACUGAUACAACCACAACUACCAAAAUAACAACGACAGCUAAAUCUACAACUACAGAAAAACCAAUUGGUACAACCACAACUACCAAAAUAACAACGACAGCUAAACCUACAACUACAGAAAAACCAACUGAUACAACCACAACUACCAAAAUAACAACAACAGAAAAACCUACAACUACAGAAAAACCAACCACAACUACGAAAAUAACAACGACAGCUACACCUAUAACUACAGAAAAACCAACUGAUACAACCACGACUACCAAAGUAACAACAACAGAAAAACCAACUGAUACAUCCACAACUACGAAAAUAACAACGACAGCUAAAACAGAAAAACCAACUGAUACAACCACAACUACCAAAAUAACAACGACAGAAAAACCAACUGAUACAACCACAACUACCAAAAUAACAACGACAGCUAAACCUACAACUACAGAUAAACCAACUGAUACAACCACAACUACGAAAAUAGCAACUACAGAAAAGCCAACUGAUACAACCACAACUACUAAAAUAACAACGACAGCUGAACCUACAACUACAGAAAAACCAACUGACACAACCACAACUACCAAAAUAACAACGACAGCAAAACCAAGAACCACAACCACAAAAACGACAGUUGAAUCUACAGUAUACACAAAGAGGCCAAAAACAACGACAUCUACAGAGAAACCUUUUACAACAACCACAAAGGGAACGACAGCUAAACCUACAACUACAGAAAAACCAAGUGAGGCAACUAAAGAUCCAAUGAUAACCACUGAAUUUCCAACUGUCAUUUAUUCUAGGAGGACAACAACUCGAAAACUAGAAACAACAACGAAAUCACCAUCUACAAUAAUCAAGUACCCUUAUAUAACUACUAAGCCAUCCUCAACUGUUGGUGAUACAACAACCUCAACUACUACAAAGAAGACAACAACAGAAGAGCCAUCUACUGUCAGCGAUCCUUCGCCAUCGCCUUCGACUACUACAACUUUUUCUACAACAUUAAUACUGCCAUCCACUACUGAAAGUACCACAACUACUUCUGACAAUUCAACAACUUCAAAGACAACGAAGCCAUCAACUAUGCAACCUGUUUCUUCAACUGUAUAUACGAAACCCACUUAUAAGCCAUUACCGCCAUUACCUUAUAGUUAUCACGGAGAUGAUUAUGGAUAUUUUGACUACAUGUCUCCUGGGCAAGGCUCUAUUUAUCAACCAUCAGCAUAUCAUCAGCCUUCUAUGGGACAUUAUUAUGAUGGUGCUUCAAUGCAUCACCCUAUAUAUCCAUCAUAUCCAGUUGCAUAUCCUAGAUCGUAUCCGAAUGUGGGUGAUAUGCGUCAUCAAGCAUAUCCUUCAUACCAAUUGGAUUAUCCUCAACCAAGGGUUGGUAACCUACAAGCUUAUAACGCUCCACCUGACACUCCAUCGAAAUUGGACUACAUUCUUCACAAACUUUGUGAAUUAAGUGCUGCCUAUAAGAAGAACAGCGCAAACAAAGAGUAGACUUACUCUUAUUAUUAAUUACUAUUAAUUAGUUGAUUCUGUGGCAGUUGCUAAAUUUAUUUACUUACGAGUAUAUUAAA